AUGGGCUAUAAAUACAGUUAUACCCAAAAAAUUAUAAGAGAGGAGAUUAUCAACACUCCUAGAAUUCAGGAAAAAAUUAAGCAAUUUUUUCUGAAUAAAAAUGAAAUAAUUAAAACUAUUGUGACAAAUGAUGGCACACCUGUAUUUGUGUGGCUUGAUGAGUGUUGUUGUGAUAAAAACAUUGUACCAAAGAAAACAUUAGUGACAAUUGACCCAAAUAAACGUGAAAAAACUAAUAAAAGUUGUGGAAAAGGGCCAAGAUUUAGCGUAAUACACGCGGGAAAUGAAGAUGGAUUUAUUAAUGGCGCCUUAGAUAUUGUUUUUAUUGACGACAAUCUCUACUACAAGAGUAUGCGUUACGAGUGGUACCAGACAUGCAAAGAGCUAUCAUUGGGUUUCGCUAUAAUUAUGAUCAACACUUCACUGGAAUUGUCACUCAAUGGUAACCGACUUAGAGAUGAAGACAAACGAUUGCCCGACGAUGUUAUCGUACGAAUGUCUGAACGCUUUGAAUGUCCGCAACCGUCGGCCGAACCGUUCGAACAGAAAACUUAUUUUCUUAGCGCUGACACAACUAUUGAUCACAAAAUCGACGACUCAUUGAUUGAAUUCAUUACCGAUGCGAUCGGUGAACCAGUUGUCGAUCAGACUAUUCGAUCGCCAAUAGAGGAACAGUUGAGAGAAAGGCUUAAUACAGAGUCGAAGAAUAAUGUUAUUCACAAAAUUGAUUGUCUUCUGCGACAAAAUGUUGGUCAACGCAGCGGUCAAAUAAUAUCUACAUUUUGUAUUUUAUAUUAA